AUGCCGCGGGGGCCGGCGAGCGAGGUCAUCCUCGUGUCCUCGUCGUCGUCCUCGGAGGGCGGAGGGGAGGCGCACGGCGGGAAGGUCAGCGGCGGCGGCGGCGGCGGCUCUGAUCGCCAGCAUGCCGCCUCCGCAGACGAAGUCGGCUCCUCCAGAGGCGGGGACGCGGAUAGGGUGAAGGAGAGGAGGAAGAAGAGGACGAAGAAUGGGGACGGGAGUGAUGCUGCUGCGGCCAAGGGAGAAUCGAGGAGGGGAGGGGACGGAAGGAAGACAAAGAAGAAGAAGAAGAAGGGGGAGGAGGAGGAGGAGAAGAAGAGCUCAUCCCCUCUGUCUUACACGGGGGACUUCGUUGCCACCAGCGAUGGGAUCAGCUUGUCGUCCCCGUCCUGGAGCUUCCCGAUGAGUCGAGUUAGGCGUCUCAUAGCGGGGAGCGAGAGUGCCGGCGGCAACAGCAGCAACCUUCGAACAACCCUUGACUCUGUUUUUGUCAUCAACCAGGCUGCGGUGUGUGCUCCGCCCUUCCGUGUGUUUCUACCUAUUAUUUGCUUACAUUUAUUUUCUAUCGUAUUGUCGAUGCCGUUAUGGUUCCCAAGAGCUUGUGAGAAAUAUUUCUCAAAGUAUAGGUAUUUCGCUGCCCUUCCCCAUCUUCGGUCCCCAAAACUCCAUAUCACGUCAAUAAAUCAAUGUGGAUAUUCCUGCCUAAUGAAACCAGUCUUGAAGAUGCGAAUGAAGUGCACGAGCUCAGUGACAAAUGCAUCUGAAAUGAAAUAAUCCCAAUGAAGCCAGUCUUACAUAACCCUCAUCCUCUUCAUUUCGCAACCUGUUGAUUCCCCGUUCUCUUCAGCGCCUCUCAGUAUUGGAGGGAUUGACUAAAAAGCCCUGCAGUUUUGGUCAAAUCCAGUUGAAUCAUGUGGAAACCAUUGGGAGUGGCUGCAUGUUAACUAGAGAAAUGAUAGAUAAAUAAGCUGUCGAGAAAUUGGUGCUGAUCUCACCAUUGAAAUCCUGAUCCAUGUCUUUAAACUGAUACGAUGGAAGUUCCUUCUAGGUGUGGCUAGUAAAAAAUACUCUUCGUUGUCCUCGUACUUCUUUGCCACUGCUGCUCCGAUCUCCGUGAUGAAGAAUGACCUUUAGUGCUUCCCCCGUUGAAGCAGUUGCUGCCCUCAGAUGCCUGGUAAUUUUCACCCUUUUCACUAUUCCUUUUCUUACCGUCCUUUGCAUAGAAUUGACUGGAAGCAACUGCUAAGAGUCAGAAGUUGUGGCUCUGCGAGAAUCAGAACUGCUAGUACAAAUGGGCAGGAGCCUGUGUUUUGGAAUCUGGUUUUUGCUCGUUGCUUAAAGGUAUGGGGUUUUCAUCCCGAUAGGAAAUCCCUACCCAAUUUUUUCCUCUGGAUCUAAAAACCUGUAUUAGGGUUUCUAACUUGUUAGUGGAUUUGGUUAAUACCUCGCCCUCUCUUUUGAAAGUCGUGUAGAUAAUAAUAUUUGAUACCAGCCCAGCUUUGUCAUUUCAGUGGUUGAUUAAAAUGGAAAGCUUCCUCUUGUAAUUAAUUAUACCACAACAUUUAUUCAGCUGAAAUAUCUUGAAUCUCUUGUUUAGCAGGGGAAUAGAUUAAUUGAUUAAUGUGAGAACUAUACACUGGAGUUACAUAUAGCGAGUUUGAGUUUGUUCCGUCAUCAUAACAGUUUAUAUGAGUAGAAAUGUUCUCAGAAUAGCCUGCAUUCUUUGACCAAUCAUUUGAUAAUUAUGGUUCUGUCAAUUGAGUAGUUGAGUCUAGUCAGUGUAAUGUAUGGCCUAUAAAUAAUGAAGGGAAAAAAAUGAAAUUCCGAUUGUGGCAUCAUGGAGAUGCUGAUGCAUCUUCAUGAAGAAUGCAAUGCAUCAUUUCAGAGAAAAUGAAGGGUUAGUUGUCCUGCUCUGCUGCUUCUUCUUCCCUGAAGAACUUUCCUCUGGACCUUGAGUCUCCUAAAGAAUCGUUUUUCCAACUUAUCAAUGAGGCGUCUUAAUAGAGACUUGGUUGAUGAUGAUAUGCAUACUGGAGUAGUUCUGCUGUUUUACAUGCAAUUUUUAUGGACUUCAUUACAUUACAAAUUUAUAUUGAAAUUUUAAGCCUUGAUCAAAUCCACAUUAAGAACUUUAACUUGAUCCUUCUAUGCUGGAAUUAUCUGACCUUUAAAUUGAUUUAAGUUACCAAAGUGACUCGUAUUCUAUAACUAUUGCUAUGCUUACCAUAUGAAAACUAUUUCACGUUAGUGUUAUGUUGAUGAUGACAAUGGAGCUGGCUCUCUCGAUCUCUCUCCCUCUCUCCCUCCAGUUUUCUUCAAUAGGUUAUUAUCUACUGUGCUGAUGAUUCAUUCUGAGUUCAUGUUAAACUAUGCUUGCAUUUGUGUAGCUAAUGAUUUCUAGUCUGUUAUGCAGAAACUGUUUCUGGAAGAAAUUGCCGAGGAUGCUCAUGCACAAGCCACACGGGAGCGGAAGAAAUCUGUCUAUUACAAGCACCUGUGUGAGUGCUCUACCUUGAAGCCCCAUGCUUGUGUUUACAUAAUCUUUAUAUAAACAACAUAAGUUUUUGAGACAUCGAACUGAGGUCAACCAGCUAGGAGUGUAUUGAUAGCACAGUAUCCUAUUUAUAAGUCAUGGGGGGCAUCCAACUCAGAAUCAGUGGAUUAUGAGUGUAGUAGACCCAUCUGCUUUUACCCCUGGAUUUUAUUUUUUAAUAUAUGUGGGUACAGAUGUUGUUGGAACGUCCUUGGUAAGAGCAAAAACCGUUGACUAUAUGUUUAUGCAUGUUUUCUGAGGUUUCCUGCUCGAAAUGACUCGUUAUUGGGUAUAGCGUACUAUUCUACUUGUGCUGCAAUUUUUUUUGUAUAUGCUUUGGAGACAUUCAACCCAGAAUUUAUGGAUCGUUGACUUGUUAGACACUUCCAUUUAUACCCAAAUAUUUUAUUUAAGGAAGUUUUCGAGACAUCCAAUUCUAAAUCACUCGACUGUGUGUGGUGCAAUUUUUAUUUAUUUAAGGGGUCGAGAGAUUCCACCCAAAACUCAUGUAUAUAUACAUCUUAUAUAUAUAUAUAUAUAUAUAUAUAUAUAUGUUGUCGUGAGAGUUCUAACCCCUCUUCGUUGCACCUGUUGAUAAUAUCUCAUCAAACUAGAAAAAAAAAAAAAGGCUUCGUUCAUUCGUGAGAGUUCUUCAGAAUUUCAAUCUGUUGGCUGAUUUGAUGUUUAUCUUCUGGCCGUCUCAUUGUUUCAGCGACAACAGUCGGCCAUGAGAAGAGGUACGAGUUCCUCUCAGGUGAGGUCAACCACCGCCCUCCCCCCCUUCUGGUCUCCUCUUCCACCGCCUUCCGUUCUAAUCGACGUCGUUCUGCAGAUUUUGUGCCGGAGAAGGUGAGGGCCGAAGGAGCCUUGAAGGCGCUGGCCGAGGAGGACUGA